UCGUGCUUUGUCUCCCGGUCGUUUACCGUUUGCGUCGUCCGUCAGCUCCUCUCGGUGCAAUCGAAAUCUGCGAGAUAAUUAAUACCGCACAGUUUCGUUUCCCUCCGGGUAGCCCUCGACCGCCAUGGGCGGAGAUAGCGAUUUUCACAAAAUCGUUGGAUACGGAUGUGUUGCUGAUUGAAUCUGUUUAUAAAACAGCCAAGGACCUAUCGCUGUUUAUAAAGUGUUUAUCUAUGGAAGCGAUGAAGGAAUGCUUGAGAACCAACGCAGCCCCUAGGAAGUACAAAUGGUUUGAUGGUGGAAGUGCGUAUGUGCAUCGCUGGAUCGCAGUUUGUCGACGGAACUCGGGAAAUCAUAAAAAGCAUCUUCUCCGUGAAUUGUAUUCGCCAUGGCUUCCUUUAACUCGCAAUCGCCGUUGAAACAAGCUGUUCAAAGGGAGUACAACAUUAUUCUGUUUGGCGAAACCGGCUCCGGCAAAUCAACUCUGAUAAAUUAUCUGACGAAUUAUUUCCAAAACGGUACACUCGAGAAUUUGAAAAUUGCCAUUCCUACGAAGCAUUAUGAGGCAACCGAGGGUCUGAAGCACCACGAAGACAACGUUCAGGAUACUUCAAAAAGUCAAACUAGAGCCUGUACUGUAUACACUUUCAGAAAACAGGGCACGGUAUACAACUUCAUAGACACGCCAGGGCUCAGUGAUACCGAAGGAGUGGCUCAGGAUGAAUCCAACAUUCAGCAAAUUAUGGGUGCUGCUGAGCAGAGCGGAGUGUUGACGGCAAUCAUCCUCGUUAUAAAUGGAACGCAGACCCGAGCUACUGUAACCCUGUGCCGCACGUUGUGUCUGUUGAGAAGCUCAAUACCGGACGUCCUUCUGCAGAACCUCGUCGUAGUACUAACAAACUGCUCUUUUACAACUGUCAACUUCAACCUGGCCCACUUAGAACCAUGGACUGUUCCUGAGUCGAACGUUUUCCACAUGAACAACUGUGCCUUCAGUAGACCAGUAUCACAAUGGACAAAAAACGAACGGAUGAAGCAAAAUCUGGAAAGAGAAUGGAAAUGCUCAAUGGAAGCUAUCGAAGAAUUGAUCCAAAAUCUGAAGCAGCUUGGCGGCAAAGCGACCGAGGCUUUUAAACAAAUGCGUAUUAACAGAGAGAGAAUAAAAUCGCAGCUACAAAACAUUUUGCUGGAUGUAACGAAAUGUCAGGAUCUUCAAAACGAACUUGAUAUGGUGAAAACCACACAGCAAAAUAUAGCCACCGACAUUAAAAAAUAUUCCGACUACAAACGAACAAAGCAAGUGGAAUAUACGGAAUUGGUAAAAUCUGAACACGGCAAUAGUUUCUGCACUGAGUGCUCGACGCCAUGCGAAGAAGUGUCAUCUAUGUACAGAACUGUCAAAUCAAUACCGAUUUGUAGAGACGUAGUGUCCCUUUUUGAAUAUAUGCUAAAACUACCCACUUGUCACUGCGGUCAUUCAGCGUUCGAUCAUUACGUUAACAACGCUAGGCCAGUCAAGAAAACGAAAACCGUCGAGGAAAUUCUCGGAGAUGUGAAAAACGCCUAUGAUCUUAGCACGAAAAAAAAUGAGGAAAUUCAGUCUGAAAUCGGUAACUUGAACACCGACAUCGCUGCACUGAAAUGUGCUCUCGAUGCAAUGCAAGAGGAAAUUUUGGAAUGCUGCUAUCAACUCAAGAAGCUUUGCUCGCAGUUUAACUUCGUGGACGAGCUCCAAGGCGUCAUAGGCGUCAUGGAGAGAGAUACCCGUACGCUUACUUCAACCAUGGUAAGGGCAGAUGCUGAGAAAAGAAUUAGGAGUAUCAAACACGUGAUCGAUACGCUGUCAAGUGCUGGGAAGAGUGGCUAGAACUAAUCGUAUAAACAUCUAAUUAUUCGAAUGAAUGUAAGCAGUUUUGUACCUUUUUUGCUUGUCCUUUGACAGAUACGCGUAUUUCGACUAUCAUCUUCCUCAGUAUCAGUUAUUGCUUAUAUCGAAGAGCAUUAUUCCUAUCUUAUAUAUAUAUCUAUAUAAAUAAAAAUGGAAUGGUGUUUGUAUGUCACGAAUAGGCUCGGGAACGGGCCAACGAAUCUACAUCAUUCUUUCAGUGUUUCAUUCGUACAGGGCUCCGACGUGUUCGUACGAAAAAAUAAUUGGGAAAAUCGACCGGGAAAGCACCAAAAAUGAACAUAUUUGAAAUUCCAUUUUGCGGGGCAUUUUUCAACAGCGCUGCAUGUCUAAAAAACACAGUAGGCAGGCAGUACGACGUUUGCCGGGACAGCUAGUAUAAUAAUAUUUUGCUUAAAACAGGGUUUGCGUUUUUUUUUUCAUAGCACCAUUAUAGCAAAACAUAAUAUCACAUAAUUAAAUAAUAAAAAAGGAAAAAACAAAA